GCCAACACCGGUGAGAAAUUUUUAUAAUUAUUCUGGAAUUGGAAAGAACUCCGAAUUCAUAUAUUCAGGUGAAAAAGCCGCGAGACAAGGAGUUAAAUAAGCCGCAAGAACGGCGCGACGUUCUCUACAGGGACAUCAAGGUGGGCGACGAGGUGCUCGAUAUUCUGCUGCCGCCGCGCAUCUUCGUCGGCAACAACCUUGAUUACUACGUUCAGAAGGUGACUGGACCAACCGAAACAAAAAACGCAGCAAUCAAUUUGCUCACAGGUGCUUCGAGCUCCGGCAACGGAGAGGGACACGGAGAAGCUGCAAAUCGAGCUCGACCGAAAGCUGUUUGAAAGGGGCGCCCGAAUUUCUGGCCCGUGCGAAAUUAGACGCGAGGUCCUCUUGCAGGCUCUUGAUGAACUGAUCCGCGGCGAGACCGUCGCUUGUGCUGAAACCGGCAUUCUGAUGGCGGCCUGGCGAGACCACUGCAGUCGCAGUCUCCGAGCCUACGAGGACUUGUACGUCAGCAGACUGGCGCACGAAAAUCAGAAAUACUUAAAGUUGAGCCAAAGCAAGUUGAAUUUACAAGACCAAUUGGCAGUUUUGCAAUCUGACACCCAAGAUGCUACUGAGAAACUGCGGCGCGCGGAAAAGCGCCUGGCAUUUUACAGGCUGGCCCGUGAGGAGGCGAUGACGAAGGAGAGACAAAAUAACCAAGCCAUGCUCAGCGGCUUGAUUGAAAGCACCGAGGAGGGAAUGAAAACUCUGAAAGCAAAACUGAAGGCUAUCAAGGCUGGAGUUUGAACCUCUGCUAUCUCCGACAGUAUAAUGGAGCCGAAUUUUUACUCAGGAAAGUGGCACACACACCACAUAGUUAAGAAAUAAAUCACUCUCGUUUGCAAAUAUUUGCUUUGUGAUUAAUUCUAUACGUAGUAAGUUGUUGUAUCGUUUAAAUCUAGGUGAGCUUUCCAGAUAAAUAAAAAUCUUAAAAUAUAUAAUUUCAACGAAGAAUAAAUAAUUUUUAUUAAAUAAUAUUUUUCAGUUUGGUUAAAAAUACACUUGGCAAG